CAUCACACACAUACACACACACACACACACAAUCACAGACACAGCAGCUCCCCCAGUCCGUCAGUAGACGCUCCUUUUCUUCUCUCCCACCUAUCAGACCACCUGGAUUGUACAAGGGGCCAGCUGAGGACGCGGCAGAGGAGGAAAAAAAAGGGUAGCAGAGCAAAUAUUCGCACUAAGGAUAGCGAUUCAUCCGAGGCAGCGGGCUGAAGGCACAGCCAGUGGCACUGCAGAGGCACAGCAGCACUGAGGGCUAAGGAUUCUCUGCAAGAGCAGGUAGUGGAACAUGCGAUCCCGCAGCAACAGUCUGGAGGACGUAACCAAGGCCAAGCUGUCACAGCAGCAUACAGAUGCACGCAAGAGUUCUGCAGAGCGAGAGGACCCUGCAGGAAGGACUGAACGUCGCAGCAGACACAGAGAGCCCCCUGACGACACUGGCACCAUCCAACGUAAUCACAAGACAACAAAGAACAGCACCUGUGCAAGUGGGACUGGAAAUGGGAGUGGGAGCAGCAGCACCAGUAGUGCAGCAAAGGGUGGUCGUAGGGAGAAGGGCAGGGACCUUUCUCGAGACGACAUGGUAUUUCUCCUGAGCCUGCUAGAAGGAGAGCUGCAGGCCAGAGAUGAGGUGAUCACAGUGCUGAAGGCAGAGAAAAUCGACUUGGCUUUGUUGGAGGCCAAAUAUGGAUUUGUCACACCACAGAAAGUCCUUCAGGCCUUGCAGAGAGACUCCAUACAGGGCAAGUCUGAGGACCUGGAGGAGGACAUCUAUGAGAGACCCAUGGAAGAGCUGGACAAGUUGGUGGAGAAGCAGAGAGAGACGCACCGGCGGAUGCUGGAGCAGCUGCUGAUGGUGGAGCAGUCGCACAAGCAGGCCCUGUACAAGUUAGAGGAUGAGAAGAGGAACCACGGAGAGUUCAUGAAGAAAAGUGACGAGUUUACCAACUUGCUGGAGAAGGAGCGCGAGAGGAGGAUGCCCCAGACUGUGGACUGA